GCGCGGGGAGGAAGCGCCCGCCGGAAACAGUCGCAAAACCAGAGCAUGGCGGCCACCAGGUGUCUGCGCUGGGGCCUGAGCCGAGCCGGAGUCUGGCUGCUCCCACCGACCGCAGGGUGCCCACGCCGGGCUCUACACAAGCAGGUAGACGGCACUGAGUUCAAGAGCAUCUACAGCCUGGACAAGCUCUAUCCCGAAUCUCGGGGCUUGGAGACCGCCUGGAGGGUCCCGGAUGGUGCAAAGCAAGCCGACAAUGACAUCCCUCUAGAUCGCUUGACAAUAUCUUAUUGUCGGAGUAGUGGUCCUGGGGGACAGAAUGUGAACAAAGUGAAUUCCAAGGCGGAAGUCAGGUUCCACUUGGCAACUGCCGACUGGAUCGCAGAGCCUGUGAGGCAGAAGAUAGCCAUCGUGCACAAAAACAAGAUCAACAGGUCAGGAGAGUUGAUCCUCACCUCUGAGAGCAGCCGCUAUCAGUUCCGGAAUCUGGCCGAUUGCCUGCAGAAAAUUCGAGACAUGAUCGCUGAGGCCAGCCAGACACCCAAGGAGCCAUCGAAAGAAGAUGCUAAACUUCAGAGACUCAGGAUAGAAAGCAUGAAUCGGGAAAGGCUGAGACAAAAGAGAAUUCAUUCUGCCAUAAAGACAAGCAGGAGGGUCGGCAUGGACUGAAAUCUCCCUCUGCAGCUGGAAGACGCUUCUGGGCUCCCGGCAUCUGCAGCUGAGAGGCCUUUCACACCAUAGGGGAUUUCCUUUUCUCUUUUUGACUGUUAAUGCUUGUCGAUAACAUUGGAGCCAUCACAAGAAUGUUCAUUGGGAAUGAAGGUUGCAGGCACUGGUUGCAAAGGUCUUUCUAGGCAGUCACCAUGUUGUCCAACCUUAAUAAUGCAUCUGAUGUAUUAGCCACAAUAAAACUCAAAACUCAUAG